AUGGGUGCGACGACCAUCGGCGAAUUUCGCAAGCACGUGGAGAAGGACAAGGCAUUGGCUCGCCGCUUUCAACCCGUGGACGUCGCAGAGCCGUCGCAGGACGACGCGCUGCUCAUCCUGCACGGCCUGCGCCGCCUCUACGAGCGCCACCACAAGUGCCACGUCAGUGACGACGCGCUCGUCGCGGCCGUCCAGCUUUCGGCGCGCUACAUCCCGGAUCGCUUCCUCCCGGACAAGGCGAUCGAUCUGGUCGACGAGGCCGCGAGCCGCGCCGUGAUUGACGGGUUUAGGCGGAACCGGCAGCGCGAGACGAGCGUUCUGCACCGCGGGCCGGAGGAGUACUGGCGGGCUAUCAGGGCCGCUCACGCGGCAAUCAAUGCGGUGGAGGAGGUGCAGUCGCCCCUGGGGUCAGCAGGCGGCCCAUCGGCAUUCCUAUCAGAGGACCCCAAGCCCGCUGCGCCUGCUGCCACCCCUUCCUGGUCUCCUGCUGGCGAUGGCGAUAGCCAAGAUAGCCCAGGUGCACAGGCACUACGAGUCAUGCACAGCACACCCCAGCCAUGUGCAUGA